AUGGCUGCUAAGACUAAAGAAUCAGGACUCCCACAAGGGAGAUACUUGAAACCAGAAGAAAUCGAAUAUGAAUUUGGUGGUGUUCCUGGUGUUUUGGGAAUGGUUAUUGGAUUCCCAUUGUUAAUGUGGUAUAUGUGGAUUAGUGCUGAAUUUUAUAAUGGUGCUCCAGCUUUACCAACUAAAAAUCAAACUUAUGGUGAUUUUAUCCAACAAUUAUAUCAAAUUUUCUUAGAUCAUGGUGUUCCUUCAUUUAGAGCUUGGAGAAUUUUCUUAACUUUUAUUAUUGUUCAAGUUACUUUCUAUUAUACUUUACCAGGUGUUUAUACAAAAGGUCAACCAUUAACUCAUUUGAAAAAUAAGCAAUUACCAUAUUUUUGUAAUUCAAUGUGGUCCUUCUAUACAAGUAUUGUUGUUUCAUUAGUUUUACAUUUCACUGGUAUUUUCCCAUUAUACACCAUUAUUGAAUUAUUUGGUGAAAUCAUGACAGCCGCCAUCAUUGUUGGUUUUGUCUUUUCCAUUGCUUUAUACAUUUAUACUCUGUUCAUUUCUCAUGAUUAUCAUCGUAUGACUGGUAAUCAUAUCUAUGAUUUCUUUCUUGGUGCUCCAUUAAAUCCAAGAGUUGGUAUUUUGGAUUUAAAAAUGUUUUUUGAAGUUAGAUUACCAUGGUAUAUCUUAUUCUUUUUAACAUUUGCCGCUUCUUUAAAACAAUAUGAAGAAUAUGGGUUUUUAUCACCUCAAUUAGCUACUAUCUUAUUAGCUCAUUGGUUAUAUGCUAAUGCAUGUUCUAAAGGUGAAGAAUUAAUUGUUCCAACUUGGGAUAUGGCUUAUGAAAAAUUUGGCUUCAUGUUAAUUUUUUGGAAUAUUGCAGGUGUUCCAUUCACUUAUUGUCAUUGUACAUUAUAUUUAAUUUAUCAUGAUCCAAGUGAAUAUCAAUGGUCAUCAUUAUACAAUUAUUCAUUAGUUGGUGUUUAUUUAAUUGCUUAUUAUUUCUUUGAUACUGCAAAUGCACAAAAAAAUUAUUUUAGAAAAUUCUUAUCAGGUGAUACAUCAGUUAGAAAAACUUUCCCAUUCUUACCAAGACAAGUCUUGACAAAUCCAAAAUAUUUUACAACUAAAGCAGGUUCACAUUUAUUAAUUGAUGGUUGGUAUAAAUUAGCAAGAAAAAUUCAUUAUACAGCUGAUUGGACUCAAGCUUUAAUUUGGGGGUUAGCAUGUGGUUUCAAUUCUCCAUUCCCUUGGUUCUUCCCAAUUUUCUUCUUUGUUGUCUUGGUUCAUAGAGCUUUAAGAGAUCAAAGAAAAUGUGAAAAGAAGUAUGGUGAAGAUUGGGAACGUUAUACUAAAGAAUGUCCAUAUUUGUUCAUUCCAUAUGUUUUUUAA